GCGACAGUAAUCAUGGCGGAUGUGUUUUUCCCGUCGAGUUUUGCAGCUCAGACGUUUGUGUUGAUUUAAAACCAACAAUCGAUCAAUAAAACCGCAUCACAGCAGCGAACUAUUUCCUCUGAGACAAAACGACUGCAGCUCCGCAGAGCUGAAGCUGCCGCAUCACCGCUCUCUGCCUCGGUAUCGAUGCGCACACGUCGGGACUUGAGAUCCAGUUUGGUUCGCUUCCCGAGCCUCACCUGAGGGGGAUGAACCAUCAGGAGCCGGAACACACGGAGGAUCUUCACUUCAGUAACAAGUCAAAGAAGAAAUCAAAUCCACCUUUGUGAAAACAACAGAAACUAACAAUGGGCGAUUUGAUCGUCGAGGCAGAAGAGGAGGCGACCAAACAGGAAGUCUGCUUGGAGCAGCUUCCAGAGCCGCUGCUGAUCAUCCUGUCCCCACCUCCGCCUUUUCUACCCGCCCCCGGGCAGCCCACCAUGUUUUGGCACAAGUGGCUUAGAUCUUUCAACCGCUACCUGGAGGCGCUCGGUGAGCACCAGCUGGUGGACUCCAGUAAGUGCGACCUUUUACAGAACUGCCUCGGCCCGGAGGGGCAGCACGUCUUCACUUCGCUGAUCCAGGGUGACACCACGUACGCUGAGGCCAUCUCGGUGCUGACGGGUUUCUUCACCGCCGAUCAGGCCGCUCAGAUGUACCGCCUGGAAUUCCAUCACAGAGCCCAGAUGCCCGGAGAGACUACAGAUCAGUUUGUGUCUGCGUUACAGGAGCUGCUGUGGCGCUGCAACUACGGGGACUUGCAAGAAAAACGUAUCCUGGAUCAGCUGAUUGCAAAAACCAACUACCCUCAACUCAAAGAGCGGCUUCUCCUGGUGGAGGACACGCUGACCUUGGCUGAAGCGUUGCUAAUCGGUAAAGAGGUGGAAUCCGCUUUGAGCGAAUCGGAGGUGUUUGGUUUUCAUGAGGUCAGUGUGGCUAUCGAAGACGAUUUGGACGUCCCUGUUCAGAGAAAAGCUAAAAGAGGACGACCGAGGAAGGGCGAGAAAAGAACUACAGCAAAACCACACGUGAUUAAAACCUCCAAAAAAUCCUCGAGACACAAAGACAACUUCUAUUACGGCAACGAUAAGCUUUAUUAUACUGAUAACGAUAAAGAUAAGUGCAAAAGUUCUGCUGAGACGACUCCUGCUUGUGAUAAACCCAGCGAUGAAGGUGAUAAUGAUAUUGAAGCCUCGUCAUCGUCACAGAUGGUGAAGGAGGAAGCCUGUGACGAUGAUGAUGAUGACGACGAUGAUGACUUUGUAGUUUCCACAGCCAAACUCAAAGGGCCCUACUGUCCCUUCUGCACCGGCCGGCGCUUCAGAGACGCAAACAAGCUCGGCAGACACAUGAGGACGCACACGAAGGACAAACCGUUCAGCUGCCCCGUCUGCGCUCUGACCUUCAGCCAGUCCUACCACAUGACCCGACACCUGCGGAACCAGCACGGCGCGGGACAGCACGUCUGCUCCACUUGCGGGGAAAGUUUAGGAAGCUUUGCCGAGUUGAAAAGUCACAAGAGGACGCACAAGCAAACCCUGUCGUGUCCCGAUUGCGGUGAAAAAUUCACAAACCACGACACGCUUCGCAGCCACAUGGUGUCACAUGACAAAAUCCAGCAACAGAUUUUACAGCAAAGCGAUGAAGUGAUUAACCAAGUAACGGUCGACUCGAGUCAGAACGACGACAGUAAUGACAGCAUUGAUGAUGCUGCUGACAAUGAUUCAGACUCUGGUUGUGUUGAGACUUUGGAUAAAGGAUGUAAAGUUAAUAUCAAGAUGGAGGAAGACUCUGUCGCUAUAUCUCAAGAUGGAGCCGGUAAGAAAGAAAAAGUCGCUUCUAAGGCGAAACCAAAAGGACAUUUUUGUCCCAUCUGUGACGGCAGGCGCUUCAGGGGUCCAAACAAGCUCGCCAGACACAUGAGGACGCACACGAAGGAGAAACCGUUCACCUGUCCCAUCUGCUCUUUGACUUUCAGCCAGUCGUACCACAUGACCCGACACGUGAGGAACCAGCACGGCUCGGGCAAAUACAUCUGCUCUAAAUGUGGGAAAAGCUCCAGCAGCUGGCUGGAGCUGAAAACCCACAAGAAGACUCAUGCAGGAGACGGUCUGAAAUGUCUCGCCUGUGAUACACAGUUCAAGGAGAAGGCGGCGCUCGUGAGUCACCUCAAAUUGCACAAGAAGGUCCACACCAAUCCUCGCAGCCUCAUCUGCGGCGAUUGCGGCAAAGUGUUUCGUCGAUUGUAUCAUUUGAAACGUCACAUCAAGACCCAUCGCAAAGCGGCCAACAGCGAGAGUUUCACGUGCCCCGACUGUCACAAGAAGUUUGCCUUUCCAGAAGACUUGAACAAACACCUGGAGGUUCACGUGAAGGAGAACAAUGGGACCUGUCCGAAAUGUGACCAAACCUUCACCAGUCCCGAGGAGCUGGAGACGCACAUGGAGGUUCACGACAAGACGUACGCCUGCAGCACCUGCGGGAAGAAGUUCAAGGUGGAGUACGCGCUGAAGAAGCAUGAGCAGGUUCACCAGAACGAACAGUAUUAUUGUUCGUUGUGCCGAAAGCGUUUCAUCAAGCUGUCUCACUACAAAAGACACUUACUGGUUCACGACAGGCGGGAAUGUAAAUGUCCGCACUGCGACAGCGUCUUUCUACAGGUUACAGCUCUGAAGUAUCACCUGCGGACUCACCGCGAAGAACGGCCGUACCAGUGCACCUGCUGCAUCGAGACCUUCGAGGUGGAGGAAGAUCUGGAGCAGCACCGUCUCAAACACAGGAAAUACAAAAAAGAGAGGCCCUUCUCCUGCACUCGGUGUGAUUCCGCCUUCACUGCGCUGGUGGCGCUGACGGAACACAUGAGCGAACACGAGGGAGAGCUGCCCUCAAACUGUCCCGUCUGCGGCAAAACCUUUCUGAACAAGAAGAAGCUGGAGAAACACCUGACCAUCCACACGGGGGAGAGACCCCACCUCUGCUCCAUCUGCGGCAACGGCUUCCCUUCCGCCGCCAGCCUCAAGCUGCACAUCAGCAUCCACACCGGGGAGAAACCCUUCAAGUGCUCGCAGUGCAUCAAGAGCUUCAGGUCGUCGAGCGGGCUGCGGCUGCACAGCAGGCAGCACAUGGAGGUGCGGCCCAUCUACGAGUGUCCCGAGUGCGGCCGGACGUACGGACGCAUGACAGAGCUGAAGAUGCACCAGCGUUAUCACACGGGGGACAAACCGUACUCGUGCACCUGCUGCAACAAGCGCUUUAUUAGCAAAGACAAACUGAACGUACACAUGAGGACACACACGGGCGAGAGGCCGUACUCCUGCCCCCACUGUGGACAGACAUUCACACAGACCGGAGACAGAAACAGACACAUCAGUAAAUAUCACUAGUUAGAAUCCGACACGGCUCCAGUGACGCUUUAGUUUUGAAUGAUUGGACCUGUGGUUCUGCAUGUUUGUAUGUGUGGGUGUCAUUACGAGUCAAUUCAGAGAAAGUAAAAGAAACCAAAAUAUGUUAAAAGCUCAACACUAGAUUGUCAUAACUGAUGAGGUUUUCUGAUUGAUUUUUGGUAUUUUGUCCAUUUCAGUUAUUUUGUUUUUUCACUUAAAGAUUCAGUGUGUAGAAUUUAGUGGUGAAGUGUCAUGUUGCAGCUGAAUACCCCCUCACCUCCCCCUCCCCUUCCAAACAUGAAAGAACCUGUG